GCUGCCUGGAAGGCGCCGCCCGGCAGACGCUCGUAACUGCCGACCCGAGAGCUGCCCUGCAGGCCGGCGGCGGGAGAGGAGCGGGUCGGGCGGGGCCGAGCCGGGCCGGGGGCCGUGUGGGGGCCGGGCGGCGGCCGGGCCGGGGGACGGCGGGAUGGGCUGCACCGUGAGCGCCGAGGACAAGGCGGCGGCCGAGCGCUCCAAGAUGAUCGACAAGAACCUGCGGGAAGACGGCGAGAAGGCGGCGCGGGAGGUGAAGUUGCUGCUGCUGGGUGCCGGGGAGUCCGGGAAGAGCACCAUUGUCAAGCAGAUGAAGAUCAUUCACGAGGACGGCUACUCCGAGGAGGAAUGCCGGCAGUACCGGGCGGUCGUCUACAGCAACACCAUCCAGUCCAUCAUGGCCAUCGUCAAAGCUAUGGGCAACCUUCAGAUUGACUUCACUGACCCCUCUCGGGCGGAUGACGCCAGGCAGCUGUUUGCGCUGUCCUGCACGGCUGAGGAGCAGGGCCUGCUCCCUGAGGACCUGUCGGGUGUCAUCCGGAGGCUCUGGGCUGACCAUGGCGUGCAGGCCUGCUUUGGCCGCUCUCGGGAGUACCAGCUCAACGACUCUGCUGCCUACUACCUGAAUGACCUGGAGCGCAUCGCACAGAGUGACUACAUCCCCACCCAGCAGGACGUGCUGCGGACCCGUGUGAAGACCACGGGCAUAGUGGAGACACACUUCACCUUCAAGGACCUGCACUUCAAGAUGUUCGAUGUGGGCGGGCAGCGGUCUGAGCGGAAGAAAUGGAUCCACUGCUUUGAGGGCGUCACCGCCAUCAUCUUCUGCGUAGCCCUGAGCGCCUAUGACCUGGUGCUGGCCGAGGACGAGGAGAUGAAUCGCAUGCAUGAGAGCAUGAAGCUGUUUGACAGUAUCUGCAACAACAAAUGGUUCACGGACACGUCCAUCAUCCUCUUCCUCAACAAGAAGGACCUGUUCGAGGAGAAGAUCACACACAGUCCCCUGACCAUCUGCUUCCCUGAGUACACAGGGGCCAACAAGUACGAUGAGGCAGCCAGUUACAUCCAGAGCAAGUUUGAGGACCUGAACAAGCGCAAGGACACCAAGGAGAUCUACACACACUUCACGUGCGCCACUGACACCAAGAACGUGCAGUUCGUGUUUGACGCUGUCACCGACGUCAUCAUCAAAAACAACCUGAAGGACUGCGGCCUCUUCUGAGGGGCAGUGGGGCCUGGCAGGACGGGCCACUUCCGACUCUGUUUCCCCAGCCCCUGAGGAAGAUGGGGCCAAGAGGACCACGCUCCCCACCUGUGCCCCAGCCGCUUUUUUCCUCUUUCCUCUCUGUUCUUGGCUCCCCUGUUCCCUCCUUCAGUUCCAGGGGCCUGGGGGAGGACUUCCCACAAGCAUCCCUGUUUAAAGCCCAGGUGCUGGGAGUGACCAUGGUACCCUCCCCUUCCUGGACAUCCGUUCCAGUGUAAUGGUUAUCUUGUUACAUGACAGAAGGGAGGGUGCACAUGCUUAGUCUCCCAAGGCCUUGUAUCUGGAGGGGUGCCCGCUUCUCCAGCCUGGGUGGGACCCCUGGCUUUGCCCAACACCAGCCCCCUGAUCCGCCCCAAGUCCAAAUGUUUACAGGGAGCCUCCUGCCCACCCCACCCUCCCAGCCACUCGGAGGCCCCAAAGGGAAAAAGCACAAGAAGCGCAAGAUGCCACCAUCCUAGAGACCACAGUCCACCUGCUCAUUGUUGUAGCUUCUGAAGAAGAAAAAGAAAAAGGAAAAAAAAAAAGAAAGUAAAGGGAAAAAAACACCUGCAAACCUAGGAAACUUUUUAGAGAAAAGCUAUUUAAAAGUGUCAGAUCCUAACCAGCGCCCACCCGACCCCUUUCCAGUGAUUCCGUGCCUUGAGUGUGUCUGCCUGUUUACACCCUCCCUCUGCUGGCUGCCCUCUGUGUGGGCAGCACCUCUGCCCUGCCCUCCACAGAAUUGAUUUCCAAGGGCUGUUCCAGACAACUGCCAAUGUCACUGAGGGCCCUGUCCCAGCGGCCCUGGCUCCAUUAACCCAAAUGUAGCUCCUUAGCGCUAACCUAGGAACCGCUGCCCGCUGAAGGGCCCAUUCCUUCAUACCCUUGCCCCAAGGCCCGGGUCCUUCAGUGUUGAACACUUCCUUGCUUUUUUUCACAUGUUUUACGGAAUUGUUCACCUGGUUUGAAAUAAUAAAAUGUAGAAAGAAAAAAAAA